AGAAGCGUCAGAGUCCUCCACCUCCGCAGAUUGCUGCCCCCCUGCGAACUGUUCUACGCCCGGGUCAUUGCUCCACCUCUACCGUCCGUUUGCGCUGUUCGUGGGCGAGCGGUCUGAAGGCUGUGGGAAAGUUGUAACUUCGAUCGGUUGCUUUUUUUCUUUUCAUUCGGGUGAAAAGCUGGGCUCUUUCGCGCGGGUCAUGUGGCGCUUGUUUGGUUUGGUUUUUGCAAUCAGUCAUCGAGAGGCCUGGAGGUGAAUGAGCUGGAAGUCCUCAAGCAUUGCGUUGCGGUAUGAUCCGAGCACAGCUGGGUAGUGUGUGUUUGGUGCGCAGCGUUAGCUUUGGGUGUGUGGGACGAGUUGGUGUUGAAUGGUGGUGAGGGGGAGGUGACGGUUACUGGUGGAUUGGGGCAGCGUGACGGCAAUGUAGUCCCGUGGACGUCGACGUCGUGCUCGUGACUUUUGAAGGGUAACUUUUGAGCUAUUUGUACCGGAUUAGUUUUAAUCGCCCUGUGAUGAUGCGCACCCGGGGCUGUAGAAUUGCCAGGACGUGGCUAUGGAUUUAGCAAGGGUGGGUAGCUGCUGGAGGAGUGUCUACAACUUGGCUCUGGAAUUCCUCAGAAGCCCUUUAAGCGCGCAACAGUGUGGACCCCGGCGUGUACUGGUGGUCAUCAGUUCGGCAGAAUUCUCUUUCGGUACCUCGGACCUCAUAAUCUGGCCAUCCCGCUUUCAAUGCUGUUCUCUGCAAUGUGACUCUUCUGUCUCCAUCGUAUCUGCUGGACCGUGGUACUCAAAUUUUCUGUUUACACCUAGCUAAAUCUCGCUCUCGUGUGUCACGUGCACGGUUUCUUCCCUUCUGGAUCAGGUCACCUUGACACCAAUUUUUUCUUAAACUUAACAAUGAACAACGUACCCAAACUACAUCCAGUUGCUCAUUGGCGCAAUUGAUCUUUUUGCGAUGGUGCUCUAAUGAUAAGUAGAGGGAUUAGUAGCAACUGGAAUUCUGUGGCGGUAUGGAGUUGAGAGCUCAAAGAGCCAUGACCCGAAGAUGACAGAAUCAAUCCAGUCAGGCGCACCUUCACCUUGUAGACCCUUGCCUUGCUACGUUCUGCUUGCAAUUUUGACAGCUUACGUCUUGGUAGUAGCGGCUGUUAGUUCUGACGGGGAAGCGCUGCUCGCUUUCAAAGUCGGCUUGGACGAUCCCACAGGUAUACUGAAUUCCUGGAACGGCGCCGAUCCAUACCCAUGUCUGUGGUAUGGAGUCACGUGCAACGAAGACCUCAAAGUGCAACGUCUCUUGCUUCAGGGCACUCAAUUGUCCGGAUCAAUUUCUCCCGUUCUGCGCAAUCUCACGGAGCUGCGCACCCUAGUGCUUUCGCGGAACAACUUUUCGGGGCCGCUGCCCACCGAGCUCGGUCUAAUUGGGAGCUUGUGGAAGCUCAAUGUUAGCGAGAAUGCGUUGUCCGGUGCCCUCCCUGCAUCGCUUGGGAACUUGUCGCGUCUCCGGAUGCUGGAUCUCUCUAAGAAUGCGCUUUCGGGCCAGAUUCCGCCGGCUCUCUUCAGGAACUGCGAGACUCUCCGGUACAUUUCCCUUGCGGAGAAUCGAUUUUUCGGGGCGAUCCCCAGCACGCUCUGGAGCUGCACGACGCUGGAGGGCGUGAAUGUCGCCUAUAAUGGUCUGCAGGGCGCCGUACCGCCUGAGGUUGGAGCUCUUGUGCUCUUACAGUUUCUCGAUCUGCACAGCAAUGAGAUCUCGGGCGCCAUCCCCUCCCAACUAGCGCUUCUCUCUAAUGCCACCUAUUUGGACUUCAGCCACAACCAGUUCGCUGGCGGCAUUCCCCGAGCGAUCGCUGCCCUGACGCGCCUGAAUGUCGUUGAUCUGAGUAAUAAUCCUAUUGAGGGCCCUAUUCCGCCUGAAAUUGGAAAUCUUGCCGCUUUGGAUAGGCUCGACUUAUCGAGUAUGAGAUUGCAAGGGACCAUUCCCACGACUUUCGUCAAUCUCACUUCAUUACAAAUACUGAACCUAUCCGCGAACAAUCUGACGGGGAGAAUUCCCUCCGAGCUAGGCCAGAUUGCGGGCACGCGAGUUUUGCUCUUGCAGAACAAUUCCUUGAAUGGCAGCAUUCCGGAGAGCCUCGGCAACCUCGCAAAUCUGACCAGUUUCAAUGUCUCCUAUAAUAGUCUCUCGGGGAGAAUUCCAAUCGCAAAUUCGUUUGCUCGAUUCGAUAAUUCUUCCUAUCUCGGCAACGAAGGCUUGUGUGGGCCGCCGCUGAGCGUUCGUUGCGGGUCCGAGUCACCGCCGCGCAUGCACAACAGCCGACGAUUGCUGAGUGUGUCUGCGCUGAUCGCCAUUGUUGCAGCGGGUGUCAUUGCGCUGGGUGUGAUAAUAAUAACCCUACUUAGCAUUUGGGCAAUUUGGAAGCAGAACCAAGUACCAAAAACUGAAAUACUCGUUUACGAGAGCACGCCUCCAUCACCGGACGUUAACCCUAUUGUGGGGAAGCUAGUUCUCUUUAAUAAGACGCUGCCUACGCGGUUUGAGGAUUGGGAGGCAGGAACGAAGGCGCUUCUGAAUAAAGAGUGCCUGAUUGGGCGAGGAUCCUUGGGGACCGUCUACCGAGCCAGAUUCGACGACGGAUUAUCGAUUGCAAUCAAGAAGCUUGAAAUUCUUGGCCGGAUCAACAACGCAGAGGAGUUCGAAUCCGAGAUGGACAAUCUCAGCGACGUACGGCACUCGAACCUCGUCACCUUGCAAGGGUACUACUGGUCGUCAUCGAUGCAGCUCAUAUUGACCGAUUACAUCGCUAACGGGACGCUAGCGUCACAUUUGCAUCCGCAACCGGGAACCCAGACCUCUCUGAUGUGGUCUCGGAGGUUCAGGAUCGCCAUCGGCGUAGCCCGUGGGCUUUCGCAUCUCCACCAUGAUUUGCGGUCGCAAGUGUUGCAUCUGAACAUUUCCUCGACGAACGUUCUCCUCGACGAGAGCUUUGAACCUAAGAUAAGCGACUUCGGGCUGAUCAAACUGCUGCCGGUUCUUGACACUUACGCUGCCAGUAGGAACUUCCACGCCGUCCAUGUGUAUGCCGCCCCGGAGCUUGGAGGCCCGAAACCGAGCGUGACGCCUAAAUGCGACGUGUACAGUUAUGGCAUGGUGUUGCUUGAGCUCGUGACGGGGCGGCGUCCCGACCUCAACUCUGAUGACGGCCCGAAUGGUCUGGCGGAGUAUGUGAUCCGGACUCUGGAAAGUGGAAAUGGACCCGACUGCUUCGAUCCUAAACUGACUCUCUUUCCUGAAAGCGAGGUUGUUCAAGUUCUGAAACUUGCACUUGUGUGCACCGCUCAAGUGGCUUCGAAUCGACCAACAAUGGGAGAAGCAGUGCAAGUGUUGGAAUCAAUAAAGCCAUCUGGUUCAUGGACGUCGAGGAGCCCGUCGCCUUAGCCAGUGUGAAUCCAACGAAGUUUGCCCUUUCCGUGCACCUCGAUCGCAUCUAGUCCCAUAAAUAGCUCGGCAGUCUUUCGCGCCAGGCUCUUGGAUGCCUUCGAAGCUAUCAGUUUCUGCAACAGAGGUGGGAGACAGAAGCUUGAGAGUUUGGGCAAUAGAAUCAGUCUUCAACUUCUUACAAAAAUAGGGAUGCUGGUAGUUUUGAGCAGCGAUAGCCGCGUCAACUCCAGAAUGACUUACAAUGCUUAUAUUAAAGCUUGUAGGAUUUUAACACAACUCUGGGAACAGUGUCAAAAAUUGAUUCACCAUUGUUCACAAAUCAUUUACUGAAAUAAAUUCUUGUACUCUAACUCA